AUGCAUCAACGAAAUCUAACAGCCAUUAUAGAAUUCAUCCUCCUUGGAUUUGGGGAUCUCCCUCAGCUGCAGAUCUUUUUCUUUUUGGUGUUUCUGGUGAUCUACCUUGUGACUGUGACGGGUAACCUUCUUAUAAUGCUGCUGGUUGGGGCUGAUCAGCAUCUUCACACUCCUAUGUAUUUCUUCCUGGGGAACUUGUCCUUCCUGGAGACUUGCUACACCACAACCAUUCUGCCCCGGAUGGUGGCCAGUUUCCUAACUAUGGACAAAGCGAUUUCAGUGAGUGGAUGUAUUACCCAGUUUUUUUUCUUUGGCUCUUUGGGCACAACAGAAACAUGUCUCCUGGCAGCAAUGUCCUAUGACCGUUAUUUGGCAAUCUGCAAACCUCUGCACUACGCUACUAUCAUGAACAUGAAAUUCUGCUUCCAGCUAGUGACUGGAGCAUGGAUCAGUGCUUUUCUGGCUACUUGGGUACUGGCUUUCCAGAUGUCCAAAUUAUACUUCUGUGGCCCUAAUGAGAUUGAUCAUUUCUUCUGUGACUUUACCCCAAUAUCCAGACUUUCCUGCAGUGACACAACCCCAAUGGAAAUGGCUGCCUUUGUCUUUGCCUUUAUGUUCACAGCCACCCCAUUUCUCCUGACAGUGAUCUCCUAUAUUUGUAUCAUCACCACUAUCUUGAAGAUACCAUCCACUGUUGGGAGGCAAAAGGCCUUUUCCACUUGUUCUUCACAUCUCCUUGUGGUCUGCAUUUUUUAUGGAACAAUAAUAAUUGUCUACAUGUUGCCAGAUACUCCCGCUCUGAGGGACUUAAAUAAAGUCUUCUCUGUGUUCUAUACAGUCGUGACACCCUUGGUCAACCCUCUCAUCUACAGCUUGAGAAACAAAGAAGUUCUCAAAGCUUUAAGGAAAAUUUGCAGUAAAUUGACAAAUGCUGCAAGAAUUCAACAGAAACCUUCUCUUUCCUUUCAGUUUAUCAGCCAGUCAAAAACCUAA